GCCUCGCGCUAUAAAUAGAACUGACGGGGCUUGACGUCACCAUGGAAGCCGCAUCAAGUCGUUUAGUUCGGUGCUGUUGUGGCUGCAGAUUAUUUUUAUUCCCCGAAGCGCUUUCGGAUGGGGACGGACGGAGUACUUCUGAAUGCAGCCCGAACAAUCAAGCUAGAUACAUAGUAGUGGUUAUUGUUACAUUGGGAGAAAAGGAUUAACGUUCAACAAGCUGGCGCGUGAUACCAGUUACGAAAUGAUCUUGCAGUAUUUGCCUAGCUAGCGGCGAGCGAUUCUUAUUUGUACAGGAGCCAUCGAGCUACCUGCAAUUAUUGAAUCGCACUCUGAAGUCCUGCCUGUAGUUUUGGUUGACCAGAUCACACUCACUCAGCCCUAGACAACGGGCCCUGAACAGUAGUAUGGACUACGAGAGACCCAAUGUUGAGACCAUUAAGUGUGUUGUGGUGGGGGACAACGCCGUAGGGAAGACACGGCUGAUCUGUGCUCGGGCCUGCAACACCACUCUGAACCAGUACCAACUACUGGCCACACACGUCCCUACGGUCUGGGCUAUAGACCAGUACAGAGUGUGUCAAGAGGUGUUGGAGCGCUCCAGGGAUGUGGUGGAUGAGGUCAGUGUGUCUCUCAGGCUGUGGGACACCUUUGGCGAUCAUCAUAAAGACAGACGCUUCGCAUACGGAAGGUCAGACGUGGUUGUGCUGUGUUUCUCCAUCGCCAACCCCAACUCUCUGCAUCACGUCAAGACCAUGUGGCACAUGGAGAUCAAGCACUUUUGUCCCAGGACGCCUGUCAUCCUGGUGGGUUGUCAGCUGGACCUGCGUUACGCUGAUCUGGAGGCCGUCAACAGGGCCAGGAGGCCACUAGCCAGGCCGAUAAAGCCCGGAGACAUCCUUCCUCCAGAGAGUGGCCGGGAGGUGGCCAAGGAGCUGGGCAUCUCCUACUAUGAGACCAGUGUGUUCGACCAGUUUGGCAUCAAGGACAUCUUCGACAAUGCCAUUCGAGCCGCGCUCAUCUCCCGUCGACACCUGCAGUUCUGGAAGUCCCACCUCCGGAAGGUCCAGAAGCCCCUCCUCCAGGCGCCCUUCCUGCCGCCCAAAGCACCGCCCCCUCUCAUCAAGAUUCCAGAGUGUGUCAUCAACAACGGGGAGGGUCCUGGCCUCCUAUUGGACAGUCCUCUUUGUGCUGACGUCAUGUUCAUCCUCCAGGACCACAUCCACAUCUUCGCCCACAAGAUCUACCUCUCUACCUCCUCCUCCAAGUUUUAUGACCUGUUCCAGAUGGACUUCAGUGACGAGUCCCAGUGCCUGGUGGUGACGGAGCGGCAUGCCCGGGACUCUCUCCUCAGGACCCUUAGUCUGGACACAGAGGAGGACGUGGCUGUGCUCCCCAACCUCUCCCCCUGCUCCCUCCGGGCCUCUAAGAGUGACGGCACCCUGAAGAUGAUGAGCUUCUCUGGUAAGCACCGGCGCACCAAGCUGUCCUUGGCCUCCUGGAGCAAGGCCUUCUACAGCAUCCACAAGGAGAGUGUGACCAACCCUGUGACGGGCUCCCCGGCUCACAUGACGGUGGUGAAGAUGGACUACUCUAUCCAGCUGGGUCCGUUCAGUGCCGUGUUGAGGUUCCUCUACACUGGGGAGCUGGAUGAAGAGGAGCGGGAUCUGAUGAAGAUCGCCCAGAUCGCGGAGGUCUUGGAGGUGUUUGAUCUGAGGAUGAUGGUGGAGAACAUCAUGAACCAUGAAGGCUUCAUGAACCAGGAGAUCACCAAGGCCUUCCACGUCAGGAAAUCCAACCGCAUCAAGGAGUGUCUCAACAAGAACACCUUCACAGACGUCACCUUCAGGUUGGAGGAUGGAACCAUCAAUGCUCACAGACCUCUGCUCAUCUCCUCCUGUGAUUGGAUGGCUGCUGUGUUCGGAGGGUCCUUCAUGGAAAGUGCUAACAACGAGGUCUCGUUCCCAGGCACCAGCAGGGUGUGUAUGCAGGCUGUUCUGGAGUAUCUCUACACCAAUCAGCUUUGUCCCAUGGCAGAGCUGGACCCUAUGGAGCUGACGGCCCUGGCUAACAGACUCUGUCUCCCCAGACUGACUGCUCUGACAGAACACUAUGCUGUGAGUGAGCUGGUGAAAGCCUCCAAAGAUGGACAGGAUAUAGACGGCGAAGUGCUCACCUAUCUGGAACUGGCUCAGUUCCAUAAUGCUAACCAGUUAGCAGCUUGGUGCUUACAUCACAUCUGCACUCACUACAACAAUGUCUGUGCCAACUAUCGCAAAGAGAUCAAGGCCAAAUCUGCAGAGAACCAGGAAUAUUUUGAGAAGCACCGCUGGCCCCCAGUGUGGUACCUGAAGGAGGAGGACCACUACCAGCGGGUGAGGAAGGAGAGGGAGAAAGAGGACGUGGUUCUCAACAAACACCACAGCAGACGACGUUGGUGCUUCUGGAGCACCUCCCCUGCCGUGGCCUGAGAGGUCUGAGAAGGGUCUGCCUAGCCCCAAACCGCCCAGGGAAUCUGCCUCCUGCCCCGUGCUCCAGCUUCUAACCCUGCACCCCGCUAAGAGGUCCCAACAACACACGCUGUACCAAUGUUUUAUUGUUAGAUCAUCUGAGCAUCAAAACAGGAAAUAACUAUCUGACGAUGCACUGUCAUGUGCCACCCUCUUCUCUUGAAGCACUGUCAGGUCCUACCCUCUUCUCUUGAUGCACUGUCAGGUCCUACCCUCUUCUCUUGAUGCACUGUCAGGUCCUACCCUCUUCUCUUGAUGCACUGUCAGGUCCUACCCUCUUCUCUUGAUGCACUGUCAGGUCCUACCCUCUUCUCUUGUUGCACUGUCAGGUCCUACCCUCUUCUCUUGAUGAACUGUCAGGUCCUACCCUCUUCUCUUGAUGAACUUCCAGGUCCCACCCUCUUCCCUUGAUGCACUGUCAGGUCCUACCCUCUUCUCUUGAUGCACUGUCAGGCCCUACCCUAUUCUCUUGAUGAUACACUGUCAGGUCCAACCCUCUUCUCUUGAUGAUACACUUUCAAAUCCAACCCUCUUCUCUUGUUGAUACACUGUCAGGCCCUACCCUCUUGAUGAUACACUGUCAGGCCCUACCCUCUUGAUGAUACUCUGUCAGGCCCUACCCUCUUGAUGAUACACUGUCAGGCCCUACCCUCUUGAUGAUACACUGUCAGGCCCUACCCUCUGGAUGAUACACUGUCAGGCCCUACCCUCUUGAUGAUACACUGUCUGGGCCCUACCCUCUUCUCUUGAUGAUACACUGUCUGGCCCUACCCUCUUGAUGAUACACUGUCAGGCCCUACCCUCUUGAUGAUACACUGUCAGGCCCUACCCUCUUGAUGAUACACUGUCAGGCCCUACCCUCUUGAUGAUACUCUGUCAGGCCCUACCCUCUUGAUGAUACUCUGUCAGGCCCUACCCUCUUGAUGAUACACUGUCAGGCCCUACCCUCUGGAUGAUACACUGUCAGGCCCUACCCUCUGGAUGAUACACUGUCAGGCCCUACCCUCUGGAUGAUACACUGUCAGGCCCUACCCUCUUGAUGAUACACUGUCUGGGCCCUACCCUCUUCUCUUGAUGAUACACUGUCUGGCCCUACCCUCUUCUCUUGAUGAUACACUGUCAGGUCCAACCCUCUUCUCUUGAUGAUACACCGUCAGGCCCUACCCUCUUGAUGAUACACUGUCAGGCCCUACCCUCUUCUCUUGAUGAUACACUGUAUGGCCCUACCCUCUUCUCUUGAUGAUACACUGUCUGGCCCUACCCUCUUGAUGAUACACUGUCAGGUCCAACCCUCUUCUCUUGAUGAUACACCGUCAGGCCCUACCCUCUUGAUGAUACACUGUCAGGCCCUACCCUCUUGAUGAUACACUGUCAGGCCCUACCCUCUUGAUGAUACACUGUCAGGCCCUACCCUCUUGAUGAUACACUGUCAGGCCCUACCCUCUUCUCUUGAUGAUACACUGUCAGGCCCUACCCUCUUCUCUUGAUGAUACACUGUCAGGCCCUACCCUCUUCUCUUGAUGAUACACUGUCAGGCCCUACCCUCUUCUCUUGAUGAUACACUGUCAGGCCCUACCCUCUUCUCUUGAUGAUACACUGUCAGGCCCUACCCUCUUCUCUUGAUGAUACACUGUCAGGUCCAACCCUCUUGAUGAUACACUGUCAGGUCCAACCCUCUUGACGAUACACUGUCAGGUCCAACCCUCUUCUCUUGAUGAUACACUGUCUGGCCCUACCCUCUUGAUGAUACACUGUCAGGUCCAACCCUCUCUGCUUGGCUCCACAUGAAUUACCUCCACAUGGCAGGGCUCUACAGAGGGUACAUUUCACUUACAUUUGCGCCUAAGUAUUUUGCUGUGCAACCUGGAAUUUGGAUUUAGGAGCACCAAUGCACCUAUAAAAAUGAAGUAUUCUAGCUACGUUGUUCAACCUGUCAACGUAGCGUGGUAUGUGCUUUCUGUUAGACAUGUAACAUUAUGGAUGUAAAUUGUGAUUGUUGAUGUUAGCUGCAGCCACCGACACCAGCCCUGGAUCUAAGUCUGAAUCAUAAAUGAUGCAAAAAUAACUCUGAACCUGAUGAAACACAGGACCUGUUCAUAGACGGGGCUUCAUGCAGCCUUGGAAUAUCAACAACAACAACGUUGAAAGUACGUCUUGUGCUCACUGGGAUACCGAUACAGCUCCAGGGAUGAACAGAGCUCCUGAUUGAAUCGAUCCCCAGGUCGGUAUGUUGAACCCAGUUGGAGGUGUUUCUCUGUAUUCUGAAACACCUGUUCCUUUAACCCACCUGGUGAUGGUAAAGGGGAAACUCUAUACUUGAAAUCAAUGUGUUUUUAUUCAUCAGCUGUAGAGUAGGCUUUCUUUAGUUAACCAAAGCCAUAACUAGUCAGUUUAUCAUAUUUUAAUAUAUAUACCAUGUGAUUUAUUUAUUUGUUGGUGAUAUUUACUAUAGAAACCAAGUGACUGGUUCUCUUGGUUCCUGCUGUCAAAGGUCUUUGAUCUAGCUGCUCAUCGUCCUUCAUCUUCUUUAUAACCAAGUGGCUGGUUCUCUUGGUUCCUGCUGUCAAAGGUCUUUGAUCUAGCUGCUCAUCAUACUUCAUCUUCUUUAUAACCAAGUGGCUGGUUCUCUUGGUUCCUGCUGUCAAAGGUCUUUGAUCUAGCUGCUCAUCGUCCUUCAUCUUCUUUAUAACCAAGUGGCUGGUUCUCUUGGUUCCUGCUGUCAAAGGUCUUUGAUCUAGCUGCUCAUCAUACUUCAUCUUCUUUAUAACCAAGUGGCUGGUUCUCUUGGUUCCUGCUGUCAAAGGUCUUUGAUCUAGCUGCUCAUCGUCCUUCAUCUUCUUUAUAACCAAGUGGCUGGUUCUCUUGGUUCCUGCUGUCAAAGGUCUUUGAUCUAGCUGCUCAUCGUCCUUCAUCUUCUUUAUAACCAAGUGGCUGGUUCUCUUGGUUCCUGCUGUCAAAGGUCUUUGAUCUAGCUGCUCAUCAUCCUUCAUCUUCUUUAUAACCAAGUGGCUGGUUCUCUUGGUUCCUGCUGUCAAAGGUCUUUGAUCUAGCUGUUCAUCAUCCAUCUUCUUUAUAACCAAGUGGCUGGUUCUCUUGGUUCCUGCUGUCAAGGGUCUUUGAUCUAGCUGCUCAUCAUCCUUCAUCUUCUUUAUAACCAAGUGGCUGGUUCUCUUGGUUCCUGCUGUCAAGGGUCUUUGAUCUAGCUGCUCAUCAUCCUUCAUCUUCUUUAUAACCAAGUGGCUGGUUCUCUUGGUUCCUGCUGUCAAAGGUCUUUGAUCUAGCUGCUCAUCAUCGUUCAUCUUCUUUAUAACCAAGUGGCUGGUUCUCUUGGUUCCUGCUGUCAAAGGUCUUUGAUCUAGCUGCUCAUCAUCAUCCAUCUUCUUUUUCUUAUUUAAAGGGAAUGUUGUUGAAUAAAUUAUUUGACUUAAUUGCUUUAUUCUAGUUUUCCUUUGAACUGCCCAGUGUAUAUCCUAGGGUCUGGACUGUUGGUCUAAAGGUUAAUGCAGACAAUAUGUACUGUUUCCAUCCUCAUACUGAGACGAGCCUGAGUGCCAGUCUGUUCCUGCUAAUAUGUUUGGGUUGACAAUUCCAUAAGGAGUUGGCAAGAGAGCAGAAAUGUUUGAUUCACAUACCUGUCAAUAAUACUAUAUGAAUCAAAUUCAGAUGUAAUGUUUGAUUCACAUACCUGUCAAUAAUACUAUAUGAAUCAAAUUCAGAUGUAAUGUUUGAUUCACAUACCUGUCAAUAAUACUAUAUGAAUCAAAUUCAGAUGUAAUGUUUGAUUCACAUACCUGUCAAUAAUACUAUAUGAAUCAAAUUCAGAUGUAAUGUUUGAUUCACAUACCUGUCAAUAAUACUAUAUGAAUCAAAUUCAGAUGUAAUGUUUGAUUCACAUACCUGUCAAUAAUACUAUAUGAAUCAAAUUCAGAUGAAAUGUUUGAUUCACAUACCUGUCAAUAAUACUAUAUGAAUCCAAUUCAGAUGUAAUGUUUGAUUCACAUACCUGUCAAUAAUACUAUAUGAAUCCAAUUCAGAUGUAAUGUUUGAUUCACAUACCUGUCAAUAAUACUAUAUGAAUCCAAUUCAGAUGUAAUGUUUGAUUCACAUACCUGUCAAUAAUACUAUAUGAAUCAAAUUCAGAUGUAAUGUUUGAUUCACAUACCUAUUAAUAAUGCUAUAUGAAUCAUGGGUUUAUGCUUUUGAGUGGAGCACCAUCAGCUGAACCCGUCAUGUAGAACAAGUUAUUCAACUGAUUAGAGUUCAGUACAACACUAUUAUAUAGAAGGAUAUGUUGCUGUUAUACAAGUGUAAACAUCAGAGGGAGAGAGAAAGGUUUGGCAACAACCACUCAGCCUCACUCUGUCAGGAGAGGAGAGGAGGGGAGCAGAGCAGCCUGUACCCAAGCUGUCACUGAGGAGCCAGACCAACACUGUAUACAUAACAGCUUUGGAACACAAUGUCACAUUCUAUUAUUAGUAAUGAUCAUCAUUAUAUUCCCUGGUGAUUCUAUAACCAAUGUCAACAUGAGUGUAUUAUAAUCAACCUACAAUAAAAGUAAGUUGUAGUUCCAGUA